GAAAAGCGAGAUUUUAGGGGAAUGUUACAGAGUGGUGCGGCAGCUUAGCUUGAAGUAGGGGAGGAAUUUGGGCAAACAUCUUCUUUUUCCUUAAUGAGAUGGAUGCAGAGGAGUUGUGUUCCUGUGGUACUGCAGCUCUCAUUACUGAGCCACAGUUUACUCAGCUAUUCAGAAAAUGCUUGCAGAGAGAGGGGAUCCUGGACAGGCGUUACAAUGUGCAGAAACUGCCCAACGGCACCAUGGCAUUGCCUGUGCUGGGCCGAAGCCUCACUGCACAGCGCUUACAGCAGUUAAAGGAAAGCAUCCCCCCUGGAAGAACCUGUGCUCUGACAUGGAUCCAGAAUCCCAUUCCCUCAAAAGUGACCAGGAUCCAGCUACCCCAUCAGAAACUGUGGAAUGAAGUACAAAACCUGAUGAAGAUCCAUGGGAUCCCCUGGUCCGAAGAGCUGGAGAGAGAUCUGCCAUGCUCCUGGCAGCGGCAUGGUGAUCUGAUUCUGCUGAGUGAAGACAGCUUCAGGGCAACGCUCUGGGGAAAACUGGGACAGGAGCUCUGGAAGGUGGUCGCUAGUGCUCUGGGGGCCCGGCGUUUAGCCAAACGUGGGCGCGUGCAAUCGGAUUUAUUUCGAUCCCCAACAGUGACCCUACUUCUGGGGCAAGAUGGCUGGGUUGAACACGUGGACAAUGGCAUCCGGUACAUGUUUGAUGUGACCCAGUGCAUGCUGUCUCCAGGAAACAUCACUGAGAAGCUGCGGAUAGCAUCUCUGCAGUGCGCUGAGGAAGUGGUGGUAGAUCUGUAUGCUGGCAUCGGCUAUUUCACCCUGCCUUACCUAGUCCAUGCCGGUGCCGCCUUUGUCCAUGCCUGUGAGUGGAACCCCCAUGCUGCGGAAGCCCUGCGGAAGAACUUGCAGCUGAAUGGUGUGGCGGAUCGGUGCCAGGUCCACCAGGGAGAUAACAAGAAGCUGGAAUUGAGGGACGUGGCUGACAGGGUGAAUCUGGGGCUGAUCCCCUCCUCAGAGGAAGGCUGGCCAGUCGCCUGCUGGGUUUUGCGGAAGGACGUUGGAGGCAUCCUUCAUAUUCACCAGAAUGUGGAAUCCUUUCCUGCAAAGGCCCCGAACUCACGUCAGAAGCCAGAGCAGGUUCAGCCGCAUGAGCACGGACUGGGGCAAACGGCAUACAGCACGCAAGAGGCCAGAGUGGCCCAUGAAGCCCACCCAGUUCUACAGGAUGCUGGAAAGAAGGAACCAACCCGUGCGGCCCGGUGUGCGUGGCAGAGGUGGGCAGAAGCCACCAGGACCCGCAUCAGGACUUUGCUGGAGGAGUUGGAUGGGAAGCCAUGGAGGACCCAAAUCCUGCACAUCGAGCGAGUGAAAUCUUAUGCCCCUCAUGUGCAUCAUCUCGUUUUGGAUUUGAAGUGCCAGCCGGCUGCGCAGCACACUGAGGAAUCAGUCUCUGCUGCAGGAGUAGCCCUGGAGGGUGGCUUCACUCUUGGACAGGAAACCUCCGAGCAAACAAUAUUGGGUGCAAAUAGCAGGGUUCAGAGUCUGUCUCAGAAUGGCACACUAGGUCCCUCUGCUCAGUAGACAUGAAAUAAGCCAUCAACAACAACAAUUAAAUACUAGAGAGAAGGAACAUAAGUUGCUUGGACCAGAAAGUCUGUCUAGCUGUUCCUAGAGAAGCCUUUGGGAAAGUCCACAAACAGGGCAUGUCCUGCGCAUAGGUGCAUCGAUUAUGGAUGUCCUGAUGCAGGUUUAAAAAGAUACUUCAUUUGUAUGUGCUUGAACAAUAAUGUGUUUUUUAAAAUAAAUAGAUGAUGCAAUAA